AUGGAUUAGUAUGAAUCAAAUAAUUUCAUUUGGAAAUGUAGAGUGUUUUAAGUAAAUUUGAGUGAUAUUCCUAUGAAUCAUAGACUUUAAAUGAGAGAAUUAGAAUCAGUUUUUGAUUAUGAUGAUUUACUCUACCUCAAUUUCCUUAUCUAUGCAUAAAAUAAAAUAAAAGAAUUUUAAGCCAACAGAUGCGAAUACUCUAUUAUCUAAUUUCACUAAAAUAUAAGAAAUCAUAAUUCCUAGCAUAAUUGCAAGAGAUUUAUAAAAACCUCUGGUCCCAAGGAACUAUCAAAAUUGGCUAAAUCUGAUUCCUAUUUGAUUACUGAUAUCUCAUUAGAAUAAAUUGAGAAAUAGCUUCCGAUCUUCUAAAUUGAAGUCAUAGGGUAUUAUAAUAGAGGAUUUGAGUAAUUUAGUUCAUUCAUUAUCAAGAUUAAAAGAUGAGGAAUUCAUGUUUUGG